AUGACGCUUCGUCAACAAGCCUUUUGGCAGAGGUUUGACGCCUUGCUCUCGCGAGAUUCAGCGGGUGCCUUGCCCUGGGACUCUCGGCUUUUGGCAGCGAAUAUAUUGAUGCGCCAGAGUGCGGAUUCCUGGGCCCGGCGCCUCGUCGCGGCGUUGAAGAAGCCUUGGCGACUGGAGUCACUUUGGCCUCAGCUUCGCCGCUGGGACACUGCAGCUGCUGAGGAGCUCGGAAGUUCAGACACUGCCAGCUCCACAACGCUGAAGGCAACAGGUGCGCAGGGGCUCUCCAAGAAGGGGAUCCGAGCAGAGCUGAUCCGAAGGCGCAUCCCGCAGCUUGCUGUGGAAGCCGGUCGCUUGCGGUCCCGCAGCGAGGCUUUGUGCGACGGCUUGGAAGCGCUGAGGGCCGUUGAUGGGAUGGGUGCAGUGAGCUGCAAGGAGAUCGAGCAGCUGAUCCAAGACGCGAGCCUGGCUUUGGACUCGCUUGACAGUGGAGUUCAGGGCUCUCGUGACGAAGCACGUCAGCUGGGCCAGGCUUUGUCUGAUGCUGGCAGUGCUGUCCAGCGUCAGAUGGCAACCGUCAUGCUGACACAGGAGACCUUCGUCGCUCGCCGGGGCCAGCUGCAGAACGAGAAAGAGCAGCUUGCAAAGCGGAUGCAGGAGCUGGACGCCGAGGUCACGCAGCUUGAUCAGGAGGCGAGUCGCUGCAAUCAACAAAUUCGGCAGCUUCAAGCCCAGUUCAGCCACAACACCAGUCACUACGAUGGACUCCUCGGGGGCAGCGCGGCCUUUUCGGAGGAGCUUGGCGACCGCAAAGCCAAGGCCAUGGCUUUUCGCGACUGCGCUGCUGCAGCUUUGAAUGUGGCGAAAGCUGCUGAGGCCAAGCAGCGUGCGGAACUCGAGACCCAGCGCAGGCGUCGGGCCUCCGACCUGCGCCGGCAGGUCGCGGCUUACGUACGCAAGGAGCGGACUCGAUUGGAUGCAGCGGCAGAGUUCGCCGAGUUGGUGGCAGGUGCCCAGCCAGGCCGUGGAACUGGCGGGACGAACCCGGUGCCCCGGGAGCCGCGGGAUGCAGCGGAGGAGCUCAUGGAGGCGACCGUGCUCGCUCAGGAGGUCUGGCGCUCCGUCCAGGUUUUGCUGCAGCGCGUGGAUGCCUUGGGCGGGAAUGGAGCAGAUCCAGAGGUGAUCGCUUCCUCAGCUGAGAUGCUGGCGAGCAGCGCUGAAUCACAGGCCUUCUUCCUCAAAGCAGCCGAGGAGGACCUUUGCGUGUGCGCCGAUUGCUCCGCUUUGGGGUGCGAGUGGGCAUCUGUGUCCUACGGCAUCUACCUCUGCGUCGACUGUGCCGGUCAGCACCGUGGCCUGGGCGUCCACCUCAGCUUCGUGCGAAGUUUGGCCAUGGAUCGCUGGACGCCAUCCCAGCUCCGACGGAUGGAGCUCGGAGGAUCGCUCCGCUUCCGGGCCUUCUUGACACCCUUCGGCCUUUGCGACUCCUCGGGCUCGGGCUCCUCACGCCACGCGCGCUAUUCGUCCCGGGCCGCCUCCUACUACAGGCGCCGCUUGGACGCGGAAUGCCGUGGCCAAGCUUUCAGCGACGUGGCACCACCACGCGAAGAGGGGCGUCAGAUCGCUGACCCGGCGACCUUCACGGCAGAAGAGGUCGAAACCGCUACAGACGGUGAAGGUGAGUCUUUGGCUGCUGAACGCCAGCAACUCGAGGAGUUCGACUCAAGCAUUCAGCUGGUGGAAGAGGCAGUGCACCAGAUGCUGAAGAAGAGGGGAGUGGACAGGAUCCCCGGUAAGUUGCGUUUUCGCCACGUGCCACGCGCUCUUGCGGCGCGGUCGCUGUGGUCUCUGAAGGAGAUUCGAUACUCCUUGGUUGGCAAGUUCAUUACAGCCUCUGGCUUGGUUGCGAGGAUAGGCGUCGUCAAAGCCGUGGCCGCAACUCGGUCAUUUCGGUGUGCUGCUUGUCGGUGCAGUUUCUCGGUGGCCUCAGCGUCAUUCGGGACGCCGCCAGAGGCUCCACACUGCCCAGGAGGCGAUGGGCUCUCGUGUGGCUCCACUGAUUUGCAGGAGCUUGGAGGUACGAUGACAGACUACCAGGAGAUUCGGCUUCAAGAUGUGGUGCCAGGGAGCGUCGGCACGACGUUGAAGGUCAUUCUGGUGUCUGAUCUUGCGGGCAGUGCAGUGCCUGGUGACUUUGUGGUCGUAGGUGGUGUCCUUCGGGCGAUCUGGCCUCGUUCCAGGGCGGCGGCUGAGCUUGUCCUGGAUGCCUCAGACUUACGCCAUUCGAAGGAGGUGCCUUCACGGUCGCGUUCACUUUUCCUUGGCGUGCCCAGCGAUGCGAUGGCCCAGCGCGCGGAGCUCCUGCGCAGCGUCGCGCCAAGCCUCCAGGGUCUCGAGGUACCGAAGUUGGCCCUGUUGCUGACGUUGGUCGGAGCUGGUCCCUGGGAUCCACCUGUGCCCGGGGAGGUGGAGAGGUGGUCCCGCUUCAUGCCGGAAGACGAGAACGAUGCGACCUCACCCAAGGGCGUCCAAGAAGCCAGGAUGCGGCUUUCCACCCACCUUCUUUUCGUCGGAGAUGCUGCAACUGGAAAGACCAAGCUAAUCGAAGCGGCUGCGGAUCUUUCUGCACAUGGAGUUUGCUGCAGUGCCAUCGGAACCACGCGUUCUGGGUGCUUCAGCAACUGA